GCAAACCAGAACGAACUACCUGGAGCUGAGCAAAGCAAACCAAGUUGAUGAAUCGACUCCUGAUGCUGAGAUACGAAGGUGAUAAAGUGUUGCCUGACGAUGCUUUUAUGAUAGGCUGGUUCAGCAAUCUCCAAUCUCAGUAGUCGGGCUCCCGUCUGAUGUGAUGUGAGGGUUAAAGGUCAGGAGCCGUGUGCUUUGCUGUAACUGAACCGAGUCUAAGGUUCAAAUAGUUGCUGUUGCUAUUAUACAAAACUGCGAUAAAACAGCAGAGGGGAAAAAAAGAGCAUCAACAGUAACAAAAUGCUGUGCCUCUCUGCUGCCUGCUCACCAGCUGUAUCCGUGCAACAGUUAAAGUUUGAACAUGGGUUAAGCUAGCCCAGGGAGCGAGCACAUUUCAAUCGUUAUCAUCACUUUUUUAAGUGACUUCAAACUUGUUAUCGCUUGAGAAAGUAAGACGUGCAGUCUACAGCUGAGAAACAAAAGUCGUGCUACCGCUAGGCCGCUGCGCAAUCCCAUUGUCAUGAUCCAAAGUCCAACUAUUGCAACAACAUGCAGCAACUUCAACUACGGAAAGCACUGGAAAAGGAUUUCUCUGGAUAAGGAUUUGAAAUUAUGGGCUCAGUAUGUAUCAAGGAUGACUAAUAUUCACCUGUACAGGAGGUAAUCUUCUGAGGCCUCAUGGUAAAAAGUAUAAUUGUUGCCUACACCCUGUGGGCAGUAGGUGGACCUUUGGGCCUUCACCAUUUGUACUUAGGUAGAGACACCCAUGCUCUGCUAUGGAUGCUAACACUAGGAGGAUUUGGAUUUGGGUGGGUCAGGGAAUUUAUACGCAUCCCUGCUUAUGUUAGUGAGGCCAAUCAAGAAGGAAAUAAAGAGAGAAAAAGGCCUCCCACCUCAAUCCCUCCUCCUGUGAGUCCUGUCAGAUUUGCAGGACAGGUGUGUGUUGGAGUCUACUUUGGCACUGUGGCCAUGAUAGGACUGAACUCCCUCAGUUUCUUCUACUUGAUUGUGUUGCCUUUAUGUGUGGGUGCAGGGGUGCAUCUGGUGUCCAAUGUUGGCCAGCAGACAUCCGAUCUCCAAAAGACUUUGACUUCUUGUCUCGCAACCUCCCUGCUAUUCUAUGGCAGCACAUUAUCUCCUCUUCCUAUAAGCUUGGCUGCCAGUGUCACUGCUGCAAAGCACCGCACGUUCAAACCUCCACGGACACCUGGGAGCAAACAGAAAUUAGGUCCACGGCUUUAUAGGAUCGGUCUAGGUUGGCUGGCCUUCUCUGCCCCGCUGGCUUACUGUAUUUUCCACAACACCACAGCCACCCUGUACUAUCUGUCUGACUCUAUAGCAGCACUGCUGGAUAUUUUAUGGUUCCUGCCUUGGCUCAGAAGUGUGUUGGAGUACCUUCUUUUAAUGCCAUAUCGGAUAUUGUGUGUGCUUACUGGAGGAGGGUACUAUGAAGAUGCCUGGAGGAAGGUGCUAGAAAUACUGCUCAAAGAAUACACUGAGAGAGAGAAAGAGGCACUGAAGAUAUUGUCUCUGGGAGCAGAGGCCUCUCUUGAGGAGAUAUCCCGAAGUUAUAGGGAGCUGGCCAAGAAGUGGCAUCCGGACCACAACCCCAGCAAGGAUGCUGAGGAAAUAUUUGUGAAGCUCCAGGAGGCUUAUGAGGUCCUUCUACGUUGGCACAGGCCCAAUCGAUUCAAUUAGUUGUCUUUUGUUCAUUAAGGGCUUGCUUGCGUUGUCAUUAUUUUUUAUUGUUCAUGAAAAAAUAAAUCAAGG